GGCUCAUCGCCGCCUGGCGCGGCUGCCAGUGCCAUUGCCGCACCAGCGAGGCCGACGCGGCCAUCGUCGCGGUCCUCCGCGACCAGUUGGCCCGCUGCGGGCCCCAGCUGCUGGCGCCUGCGCCAGCGUCCACGUGGGCGUUCGUCUCUGGCGUGGCCGUCGGCAUCGCGUGGAUGGCGUUGGUGGCGGCAGCUGCAGCCCAGCUGCAGGGGCUUCGUGUGGGUCAGCGUCUUUUGAUCUCGUACGACGUGGACCCAGACUUGUUCCACGAGCGCCUGGUGCUGCAGAGGCCUCCCAAUAGGCCAGGAUGCACGUACUUGGUCGCAACGCCCGACGGGGAUCUGUACGAGGAGGAUCUCCUGGACUCAGGUGGCGAGGUGUUCGUGCUCGGGCCGCGAGGCGGUCUCCUCGGCGGCAUGCCUGCCGCCGCCACGCUCUAUCGGUUCGAUGCUGGCUACCUGGCGGCCAACAAGGGCCGCUUCAUCCAGGAGGGCCGCGACGAGCUCGCCAGGAUCCGAGCCGACGAGGGCUUCGCCUUCGUCGACGCGGGCGACGGCCUUCCGCCGCCGCUGGCGGCUCCAGCGGGUGGGCCACCUGGUGCUGCUGCUCUCGUGGCAGUGGAUGCCCUGGCGCCGCCGGCGCGGGCGGCCGCCGGCGACGACGUCAGCGACCUGGUGGGGGCUUGGUUCAUCCAGGGCGACCGCGGCAUCAUCACGAUCGCGGACGGCUUAUUCAUGUGCAUCGCGCGGGCCGACUCCUUCACCAAGGGCGCCGACGUCGACUCGAAGGAGCAGGACGUCCGCACUCUCGCCGUGCGCGUGGACUCGCACGGCAGGCGGGAGGCUACCUUCCAGGACGUGUGCAAGCAGCUGGACUCCAUCAGCGUCUCCGACUGGCGCAUCUCAGGUCCUCGGACGGCUGUGUGGCUCUGCAGGGCUCUCUCGGAGACUCGGAUGUCCCCUACUCAACGGCACUACUGGUGGCGGAAUACCAUUGGGCUCACCAUGUCGGACAACGGCGUGGACGAGCACCUCUUCUUGAGCGAGCUCCUGGAGUGGGCCCUCUGCUACGACUUCCUCAGUUUCGGCAGCCUGAUCAUCGCCGAGCACAUCAGCAGGAGGUACCAGCUUUGGGAGGAGGUCUACUCGCACACGCUCAUGGAGCGCGAGGCGGGUGCCUCCGCCGCCGAGUGGGUCGACGAGCGCCGCGUCUUCCUGGGCACUCACAAGUCGCGUGGCGUCGCACUGGUGUGCCCCGAGCUGCAGUCGUACGUGGCCUGCGAGAUGGCCUCCAGCGCCGCCAUCCUCAAGGGGGGGCGGAAGGGGCGCGAGGAGCGCCGUCUGGCGGGCGGCCUGGGCGAGGAGGCGGACGAGGGCUCUGGGGGCGCGGGGGGCAGUGCGGCCAAAGCCAAGGGCCGCAACGGCCCUCGCAAGUGGAUGGCGGGGGCAAGGAUGACAGUUGUGCUGACCUUCAGGGGCGUGACCUGCUUCCCUUUCCUGGUGGCCAGGCUCUCAAUGACGUUCUUCUCGGCCAUGCUGCUGCUGUUUCGGUCGGGCAACGUCGUCGGGCUCGGCACGAACGCUCACAGGAAGCUUGGCUUCGGCAAGGUCUCGCUGCCCUUGGUGAGUUGGGCUCAGGGCGUGCACGUUCCACGGCUGCGAGAUGUUCGGCGGCCCAGCGGUCUGCCAUUCUUCAUCUUGCGCGUCAGUAUGCUCGUGCCACGCAACGCCCUCCCCCAGAAGAUCUCACACCCGCGGGAGCAUACCAGAUGCUCCGCGGUGGCGACAGCGGCUACUCUGAUGACGCAGCCGCCGGUACCUUUGGCAGAUUCCGACGCGGCGCUGUUGCGCUGCCGCAGCUUGGGGGCGGGCGUGUCGACCUGCGCUCCGUGGCGGACCCCGACCUGCAGCUCAUGUUGGACACUCCUGAGCAAAUUUUGCGUCCUGAUGCUCACCGUAAUCUUCUUCUAUGCGAUGCUCCAGCCAAGGUUGCGUGCGAUCCCACGCUUCGCCAGCAGGUUACACAUGGCGGGAGGUGACGUGGAAUGUUGUUUCUACCAAUACGCCCCCCCCGAGGCCUUCCGCCACUUGUUCGGACUCAUGCCCGUCGAGGCCCGCUUUCUGGACAAAGCUUGGCAGCGGCGCCUGAACGUCUCAGGGCACCAUCUCGUGCAGUGUCGCGUGCGAGUCGUUCCCAUGGGGUGGAGCUGGGCCACAUGCCUGAUCCAGCGCGUUCACCUCCACCACUUCGGCAACCUUCCUGUGCAGUUGCCCUGGGUCGUCGACAAGAUGAAGUCGGCCAACUUCGGCAUCCACAAGGGUGGCAACGCUCUCUACAUCGACAAUUUCGUUUGUUUCGCUACCGAUGCUGGUCUGGCCCAGGAGCAGGUGGACAGCAUGGAGGCUGCACUGGCGCAUGUCGGGGUGGUCUCCUCUCUGGACCCGGCGUCCGACACACCAACGUUCAUCGGCUUUGAGUUGGUGAACCAGUCGCGGUGGAGACCCACCCCGAAGAAGUUUUGGCGAGCUGUGCUGGGGCUUCGGCAUCUGCUCAACACCAGCCCUCUGGUCUGUGGCAGGGACCUGGAGCACAUUCUCGGGCACCUCAUUCACAUUUUCACGCUGAAGCGCGAGCUGCUCAGCAUCUUCAACGCCACGUACUCCUUCAUCAAGGGCAGCUACCUGCGUCGUCAGCCCCUGUGGGCCUCAGUGGUUCGCGAGCUCCGUUGGGCGCUGGCACUCCUACCGCUUGUGGAGGUGGACAUCCAGCUCCCCGGGCACACCGAGGUCCACUGCUACGAUGCGUCGCCGUGGGGCUUUGGUGUGACGUCGGCCUCUUGGGCCCUGGACGUCGUGCGCGAGCUCGGAGCUUGGAGUGAGCGCUCGAGACUCAAGGGGCCCUGGGCUGUGCGGGGCAAGCAUCGUGAGCGGGCCCUAGGCUCGCUCGAGGCCUCCAGCGAGGGUUUCGAGGACAUCCCACACGCCCUGCUGGUCAGCACUCGGUGGAAGGUGGUCGCAGCAAAAAGAUGGAAAAGACAUGGUCACAUCUCCCUUCUCGAGAGCAACACUUCGACCUUCGUCGUUAGGCCCCCCCGAGUCUCGGCCGAGAUCAGGGAGCUGGCUCCCUGGCUGACCCCGCUGCAGGCCAAGCGCGUGCAGACCAAGACACGGCUGGCCUAUUCUCAGUUGCUGGUGGCGCUGGCCAUGUGGCUCAACGUGGCCCCCUUUCCAAAGCUGAACGGCGAGCAGUGGGGCGCCAUCUUGGUCGACUUCUUAGAGGUCCAGCUGGACCGCAGCAUGACCCUCAGCAUGGCCGUCAAGACGGUGUCCGCGGUGCUGUGGGCCAACCCGCACGUCGGCCGCCCCGCAGCCAGGGUGCUGCCUUGCGCGUCCGCUGCCCUGGCGGGCUGGCGGGUCCUACAGCCUCCAGCCUCCCGGCCGCCCUUGCCCAUCGAGUGCAUGACGGCCAUUGCCACGCGGCUCGCCGCAGAGGGCGACCUUCUUAUGGCUCUCUUCGUCUGGGUGUCCUUCGAGACCUACUGGCGCCCCAGCGAGGGGCUUGCGCUGCGCGGGUAUCAGGUGCUGCCAGGUCUGCCAGGCGGAUCAGGAUCAGGUCGUCACCUCUCGUUCCUGGUCCGCCCGUCCGAGCAAGAGACCCCCACCAAGACAGGCCUCUUCGACGUCAGCAUCGUCCUGGACCUGCCUCGUCAGCAGUUCCUGGUGCCCCUCCUCUUGGCGGUCAAGCACCGGGUCGGGGACAGCGGCUUGAUGUUCCCGAUCGUACGAGAAGCACUCCCGUCUGGCUCGCCAGCUACGCGCUCUCCCAGCGGCUACGCGCCACGCCGUGACAGCAAGCUAUCGUGGCGCUGCCAGCGCCUUCACGGAGCUCUUUUGGAAGCACUGGCCCGCUGCCGCAUCCCAGGCUUCCCAGUUGUAUUAGACAUCUUCGGCGGCCAGGGCGGUCUGGCCAAAGCCGUGAGAAGGCGAGGUCACGCUGCUGUCACCAUCGACCUGAGCCAAGGCGAAGAGUUCGACCUGCUUCAGGGAGACGUGCUCUCCCUUCUCAUCGGCUGGAUCAACAGUGGCCAG